CCCAUCGAUGAGACAAAGGCUAUCGGCAGCGUUGAUGACACGGAGGAGGAGACCGAGUGGGUCGAAUCUACUCCCGUAGUAGACACUUUACUGAAGCGUCUCCCUCGGAUGAUCAAAGAUCUGCAGGAAUUCCAUCACGAUGCCACACAGAUCUUGCGGCCGAAUAUGGAGACAUGGGGGAAACGCAGCUGUGUGAAGUCGCAAUACAUUAAGGACACCGGGGACGUGGUUACGAGCCAUGUAGAUCCUGCGAAGCGGAUAAGGGAGCUGCCAUGCAAUAAGGAUGAAGCCGAAGAGCGGGCACAAGCUGCCGAACCUGAGAUUGCGUGCCUCAAUGGUGACUACGAGCGAGCCAUGUACCUCACUCAGGCGGAGUAUGAAGAAGAGCGUGUGCAGCUUGCGGCAGAGGUGGAGUCUCUCCGUGCCAUUGUCGCAGAGUCAGGCGUCUUUCGUUCCGCCAACGAGGAACUGCGGGCCCGUGUCUUGCAGCUGGAGGAGGACGCGAGGAAUAACACUCUUGCCCUCGACGCUCAGGAGAAAAUGAAGGAAAAACUCAGGACAACAGAGGUCCUUCUAACACAAGCCAGAGAAGCUGCUGACUCCAACAACAAGAUGGCUAACAAGUAUGAGCAUGGUUGGUCUCGUGUAUCUGCCGCCUCUACCCUUGUUGCGGAUGCCAUUCUAGGCGACACCCGUAUCUCUGGAGACAAGGAGCUGGAUCGUCUGAACAAGGCUCAUGUGGAGGCAGAGGCUUUGAUGGCCACGGCAAGAGCAACCUGCACUGCUCUGUUCCCGGACACAGAUAUUGGAAGGAAUGCAGCUUCUGUCGCCAACGUCAUGAUUGACGGGCCGUCAGAGUUCCACAAGUGGAAGGUCUCUGCCUCUCGUGAAGGAGCUC